UAACCUACAAAUUGUUGAUCUAUCACACAAUCAAAUGAGAGAAGGGUUUCCAUCAUGGUUGUUGUAGAAUAACACAAAAUUGGAAGAACUUUACUUAAUCAACAAUUCUCUCUCAGGGCCUCUGAAAUUACCAAUUCAUUCCCAUAUGAAUUUGUCAGUGUUGGAUAUCUCAGAGAAUUUCUUCCAAGGCUACAUCACACCAGAGAUAGGAACAUAUAUGCCAAGAUUGAUAUAUGUAAACAUGUCGGGAAAUGGUUUCAGUGGUAGCAUUCCUUCUUCACUUGGAAAUAUGAGCUUGUUGGAAUAUUUAGAUUUAUCCAACAAUAGAUUGUCAGGUAAUAUACCAGAGGACUUAACCAUUGGUUGUGUCUCAUUGAUAGAACUCAUACUUUCAAACAACAGUUUGCAAGGCCAAAUAUUUUCUGAAACCUCUAACUUAAGGUUUCUGUAUGAGUUACAAUUGGAUGGCAAUCAAUUCACUGGCAGCAUUCCACAUAGCUUGUCUGACAGCUCCUUUUUACGAGUGUUGGAUCUUUCAAUGAAUAAUAUCUCAGGAAGUCUACCAUCCAACUUUUGCUCUUCAAAUAUACAGGAGAUUUAUUUGUCAAGAAAUGGGCUACAAGGGUCAUUGGAGGAUGCAUUUUAUGGUUGCUCUGAGUUAAUUGUGUUAGAUUUGGGCCAUAAUCAUAUGACUGGAAGCAUUCCAUCUUCGAUUGGAAAAUUUUCUCAAUUGAGCUACCUAAUCUUGGGGCAUAACUAUAUUGAUGGGGAAAUCCCAGUUCAAUUGUGCAACUUGACUCAAUUAAGUUUGCUUGAUCUUUCUCAUAAUCAUCUUUUUGGUCCUAUUCUCCCUUGCCUAAGAUCUACAAGCAAAACAUAUAGGCAGCAAGAAGGUUCAUAUCCUGCUUAUGCUCCUCCUGUUUCUACUGAUGAACCUUUGGAAUUCACAACAAAGAGUACAUCCUAUUCUUACCAAGGAAGAAUGCUAUCUUACAUCUCUGGAAUUGAUCUCUCGUGCAACCAUUUGACAGGCCAAAUUCCUAUUGAAAUUGGGUACCUCAAUGAGAUCCAUGUACUAAAUUUGUCUCACAACAGUUUGACAGGAAAAAUCCCAGCAUCAUUUUUCAACUUGCGCCAAAUUGAGAGCUUAGAUCUGUCAUACAACAACUUGGAAGGGAACAUCCCUCCUCAGCUUACUAAGUUAACUUUUUUGGAAGUUUUCAAUGUGUCAUAUAAUAAUUUAUCUGGCAGGACACUUGACAAGGUUGCACAAUUUGGGACAUUUGAUGAAAGCAGUUAUCGAGGAAAUCCUUUUCUCUGUGGAUGGCCACUGCCAAGAGAUUGUACUGAAAUGGUAUCACCUCCAUCAAAAUCAAGAACUUCAAUUGAGAAUGAAGAAAGCAAUGGCUUCAUGGACAUGGGUGUUUUCUACAUAAGUUUUGGGGUAGCUUACAGUGUGGUGUUGUUGACAAUAGCUGCAGUUCUAUACAUAAAUCCGUACUGGCGACGAGUAUGGUUUUACUUCAUUGAGGUGAGUAUAGAGAAUUGCUAUUAUUUUAUAAUAGACAAUCUUGUAGUUUUAUCCAAAUUUAGAUUUUGUAGCUUACGCAGAUGAAUUCAGCUUGAAAGCAUUCUGCAAGUUUUUUAUUUUUCUGUACUUUCAAUUGACCUCGAGAUUGAAUCUCAAGCAGUGAUGUAAAAUGUGUGUUUGAAAUGCUAUA